GGCAAAGAGAUACCAGGCUCAGGUGUCUGGGCAACAGCAGCAUAUCAGUUGUGCAACGGUGGAGCCGUACUGGUGGUGGUAGUGGUGCUGGAGGGGACACUGAGUAGACAACAGCAGGGCACAAAAUGUGGAGACUCAGCAGAUGGUCGAGUGGUUCAGUUGUGCCACGGCCUAGAUGCUGGCUGCUAAUCCUGCUAAUUAUUGGCCAGACUGUUUAUGCCGCUGCCACAACCAACGAGUCCAACCGCCUGAAAUGGACACAAGAGCCACAGACAAUAUCGCCGAGUCAACAAGCUAACCACCAACUGGAGGUUGGCACUGCCAGCACCACUUCCAACUAUAGAACAGCAUUUGCCACACCCACAAUCCAUAAUGAUGAGGAGCACGCGUUGACCAUCUCGAGACCUCCGAGAGCGGGUCGAUUCGAACGUGAGACGGAGUCGGAUCAAGUGGAUCGAUGUCGACUCUUUGUCGAAGGAGAUCCAACCAAGAACGAGUUGUACAGUCCCGAAUAUCCCAACCUGUAUCCCAAGAACAUUAACUGCACGAGGGUAAUUACAGCGCCAAAGGGUCAAAUAAUACGUCUGGACUUUCGCAACUCGUUUAAUAUUGAGGCCAAGGAGGAGUGCAAAUUUGAUUUUCUUGAGAUACGAGACGGACAGUAUGGAUUCUCAACGCGAAUUGGUAAAUUCUGUGGCACAGAUUUCCCACCGGAAAUCACCUCGAAAGAACGGUAUCUGUGGCUGCAUUUCCAUUCGGACGACACAAUCGAGUACACGGGCUUCAGUGCCGUUUACGAGUUUUUAGAUCGGAAUCGGGAGGCGCCCAGCACGGAUCUCAACUGUACAAUUGAAAAGGAUGGCUACGAAGGUUUCAUCAACUCGACAGAUGUCCCCGCUGAAAUAAGGGAGCAGGUGAUACGCGAUAAGAUUGCUCUGGAUUGUAUUUGGCGCAUACAAGUCAAAGAUAAUUGGAAGAUUUUUUUGAAGUUCCUGGACUUUCAUCUGAGCAAACCGAAUGACUGUGACACCAACUUUCUGGAUAUAUUCCCAGAGCAAACAGUGAUGCCAUUAAGAGUGAAAAACUUUUGCGGCUCGGCGGGCGAGAGUAUUACGGCGGAGUCGAAUAUUCUGCACAUGCGAUUUUACGCCGAACAAAGUGCGAUUAACUCAACAUUUGCCAUUCUAUUCACAGCGUUCCGAGACCGUGGAUCGGGAUCCUGCACUGCCGAUGAGUACGAUUGCGAGGAUGCAACCUGCAUAGACAAGGAUCUCAAGUGUAAUGAGCGCGACAACUGCAAAUUUCGCUGGGACGAGGAAAAGUGCAAGAAUGAAGCCAACGGUCAAUCGGAGCACGUGGUCAUCAUUAUCAUCGUAUUUGGUUUGAUACUCGGCGGCAUGGUAAUCACAUUUAUUGUGAACUGCAUACGGAAGAUAAUACGUGAUCAGAAAAUAAUACGCGAGCACAUACGCGAGUCCAAGGAAAGCAAACUGGACGAGAUGGGUCGCAAUUCCAAGGCCCGUUCACGUGAGAACAUAUCAAGACAAAAGCAUUCGCAGACCUCAUUACAAAUUCUAGAUGAUGUUUCGAAUCGUUAUUAUCGCGAGGCUGUGCCCAUAUCGACACAGUCGAGCAAGGCUGAUUUCAAGGAGAAGGAGCACAGCAUUUUACGCCGCCAUCCAGACAUGACCCAAACAACACUCUGUGGAGGCGGCGACGAUGGCGACUCCUCGACAACAACAACGGCAACACACGAGAUGAUGACAAAGGCGGCGAUUGCGACCGCGCCCGUUAAUGCCUGCGAUAUGGGCUGUCAAACGAGGGAAUCGCUGUUUGCAAACAGUCCCAGCGCUGUUGCCACGCUAAUGAGACAAAAGUCCAGCUCAUCCUCAUUGGGCGCUGGCAGCGUCGCGGGUGGUGGCAUGAUGCCGCCGCCACCACCGCGCUUCUUCUCAACAUUUGGCUAUGAUCAGGGACUGGGACCAGCAGCGGGAGCGGGAGCGGGAGUGGGAGCGGUAGCGGGUCUGCCAGCAGCAACACCGCCGCCGCCGUCACAGCAGAUGCUCAACACGUUGACGCGACGCAGUCAAAUGCAAAUGCACAUGCAACAUGCGCCGUCGCCGCACGAAUCGUUGGAGCUGGAGGAGCGGCACAGUGGUGUUGGCAGCGGGGGAGGAGGUGGCGGAGGAGCAGGUGUCGGUGUCGGUGUCGGUGGCAGCGGGCAACGUUCGCAUUAUGGCCUAAUAGUGGCAUCCGCAGUCAAGCCGCAGGAGAUCUGCCAUCAUCAUCAUCAGCAUCAACAGCAGCAGCAACAACAACAACAACAACAGCAGCAGCAGCGAGCACAUCAUGCACAUCCUGCGCAUCAACAUCAACAACAACAGCAGCAGCAGCAACAGCAGCAGCAACAGCAACAUGCGCCCAGUGUUGCAGCGCGACUGCCGCACAUGAUGUUGCAGAAGGGGCAUGGUCAAAUAGCGAGUCAAACGAUGUUGCCGGGCGGCAAGGGAGGCGGCAACAUUGGCGCUGGCAAGCAGCUAAAGAAUGAGGAAUCCAAAGUGUUCAUCGACAUACGGAAUUCAGCGCCAGACGUGAUUAUCAUGACGUCCCAUUGACAUUUAAGGAUUGCCCGCCAAUCAGCAACAGCAACA